AUGGCGCUCUUCAAGGACUACGUCUUCCCUGCUCUGUCCCUCUGCCAGUCAAUCGUCUUUUUCUUCUGCAAGGGGAUGAUUGAAGGGUUGGUGGUUCUACUCUUCCUGUGGCUGCUGGUCCAGGUCCUGCUAGACAAACACCAGCAGGUGCACUUACAGGUAUUCCUGGGCGUGGGGCUGGCCCUGCUCUGCUUCUGCCUGCUCCUUGGCUGCGCGAUUUGCUGGCACCGGCGGAGAACGCGGCGCCCGGAUUGCGGCGAGGCGCAGGCGUCGUCGGGCCGCCCCCUAGUGGAUCUGGGCCCCGUUCUGCCCUCUCCGACGACCGCGGUGCCCAUCCAGCAACAAUAUGCCCAGAUGGCGGGGCAGCUUCUGGAGAGCCUGCCUGCUGCAGCUGCUCGUGAGCCGGCCUCGCCCGACGGCAGCCCCCCGACGGCCCUCCUGCGCAGCCGCGCCUCCCUGCCCAGCCUCGUCGUCCCGCCAGGGCUGAGCGCGCCACCGGCCAAGCGCCCUCGGGGCCCGCAGCGCCGGAGCACCAUUGCCGCGGGAGACAGCAGCCUCCUCGCCGUGCGCCCCGUCGCGGGGCUCCUGCCCGCUGCUGCUACCCGCGCCAAGCCGCGACCUCGCCUGCACUUCGCCGUCGGCUACUCUCCUCCGGAGGCCACGCUCACGGUGAACGUAGUCGGCGUCGCCCAUUUGCCCGGGGGCCUCGGCGCCAGCCGCAGCUGCUACGUCGAGGCGCGCCUGCUGCCGGGCUCCGCGGAGCCGCAGCGCACCGCCCGGCGCCGGAGGAGCCUCCACCCCGAGUUCCACGAGCAGCUCCGCUUCCCCGGCUGCGCCCGCCAAGAGCUGCCGGGCCUGACGCUGCGCCUCGCCGUCUACGCCAAGGCUUUCGCCCGUCGGAAGGACGCCUUCGUGGGCGAGGUGCUGUUCCCCUGCGCCCAGGUGGCCGGCGAGCUGGGCGCCUCGCCCUCUGCGCACGCCCAGGAGCUGUCGCUCACGAAGGUGAGGCUCCGCAAAUGCCACAGUUGCCAGGACAUGAGCUCCGCCUCUUGGCUCUCUCAGCCCAAGUCCCUGGGGCAGCUUUUCCUCCUGCUCCAGUAUCAAGCUCUGGCCAAUCGCAUCAAAGUUCUGGUUCGCAAAGCAGAGAACCUGGGGCGCGUCAGCCGGAUGCUGGGAACACCAGACCACUACGUUCUGAUCCACCUCUGCCACGAUGGAAAGGUCAUUGACACAAAGGAGACCAAGUCCAUAGCGGGCUACAACCCUGUGUGGAAUGCCCCGUUCCUCUUCAGCUUACCUGCUGGAGACAUCCAGGAACAGCAGUUGUCCCUGGAGUUCACAGUCAUGCAGGCUCGCCUCUACGCCCGCAGCUGCGCUGUUGGCCGAGUGCUGAUCGGCCCUGUGGCCCCUGAGAUGGGGCAGGUCCACUGGAAGGAGAUGUGCAGCCGGGGGAACAUGGAAUCUGCUCGCUGGCAUGCCAUUCAGUCAGGCGGCUUUCAGCUCUGCCCUUGAGAUGCGCACCCAGAGCUUCCGGCUGGGGAAGUCACCUGCCGGUCAUGGUGAACGAUGGUAGCCAAAGCAACGGCACCCUGCGAGAGAAAUGGCCUCCCUCUGCUAAGGGAGGCCAGGGAAGGCUUGAGGGGAACUUGGCAUGGCGACACCUUUAAGGUACACAGGACUGCAGGAAGUCCAACUGGAGAAAUCCAAGCCAGUUCCAAGUCUUCCCAAGGCAGGGACUUUUUGCCCAAAGAGAGGUGAUGCUGCCUGGAGCCCUUCAGAAACCUUGGGGUUGAAAGGUUGGCUGCAAGCUCUCCGGGACAGCCAAGGAAGGCAGAAAGAUCUCUUCCUCCAUAAUGCUCCCCACCUCCACCGGGCACGCUGACCUCAGAUCCAAGAUCCGCUUCAGCAGCAGCUUCUGGGCACUGCAUCAUCCACAUAACUUACGGCUGCCAGCCAUAACGAAAGAGAACUGAAAACCACUUUGGAUGGCGCUCAAAGGCACGGCGCUGCUCUAGGUGGGGUGCUGACUACUGCUGCUGUUGCAACGAGGAGGAACUUGAACUGGGGCAGCUGGGUGCAAACAGAAAUGUCAGAAUAGUAGGCGCCAGUGGCCUCGUUGCAAGGCAGCCUGGAAGGGCUGUUGUGCUGGAGGCUGCGAUGGACAGAGCUCUGCAAAGAGAGCCUGUCUGUAUAAAGCAUAUGCAUGGCCCAUUAACAGCCUUUAUUGCAUUCCUUCUCGGAACAUGCUUAUUUCAUUCUCUCAUCUCCAGGGGGUUCAGGGCCGGCACACAUGGAUCUCCCCCCCACCCCUUCAUAUCCUCUCAACAGCCCUGCAAGGUUGUAUUAGUGGGUGUGGCGUUUCACCUCUAGAGGGCCUAGAAGGGGUUAAGUUGCCAGGAGGGAAACGACCAAUGGGAGCUCUCCAGCCAGAAGCAGGGUGUAUAUAGGAAGAAUGCAGGCAGGCAGGAGAGGUAGAUGAGAUGAGAGAUGAGGAGAGUUGGGAGAGUUAGAUGUGAGGAGAGAGAGAUAGAUGAGAGGAGCUGGUGUGAAGAAUAGAGCUGGUUAAUAUUGUGGUGGCUGUUAAAUAGCGAGAUAGACAGGAUAUAGUGUUAGGAGUUUAGUGAUAAUUAUUAUUAGUAUUAUUUAGAGGUAAUAGGCCGGUAAAUCAUAUUUAGAGGUAUUAGGCCGGUAUAGGAACCAUCUGUGAUUUUGGAAACCGUUUAAGCUUUGUACAGUAACCAACACGCAUAAGAGUAUUCAUUAAACUAUUCUGUUUUAUUUUACUAUA